AUGACUGAGGGACGACGAAAGUUAUCUGACUACAAUAAGGAAAAUGGCUUAAAGAUUACACUUACUAAAGAGCAGACUUUGAGCACCCUUAGACUGCUUAUUCGUAAACGAUUGACAUCGAUGUAUCAUCUCAAAGGACUAAAGGCUCCUGACAUGAGUGUCAAAAAAGGUUAUAUUCACAUUGGAAAGGAUUUAGUAAGUGUAAUGUUAUACCAACUUGUUACUUUUUGUCUUUUGUUACCCUCAUAUUAUUUGAUAAACCAGACGAUGAAAUCACCUGUUGCCGCUAUAAAGUUAGGAUUGCCUCUGCCUGAAUGGAAAGGUAUCCCCGUUGAAGAUUUAUUAUCCGAACGUGAUCGUACUGAUUUGAUGAAUGGACACCUCAAAUACUCGUGUCUUACACUGCCGGGUUUGGAAAAUGACUUUCAUAAAAUCUUCUUGUUAGUGAUGUGA